UAAGGCGGGGCGGCGGCGGGCGGGAGCGGGUCCCGCCGGGGCGGCCAUGGCGGCGCUGCGCUGCCUCCUGCUGCUCCUGUGCGGCGCCGCGCUGGGGCCCGCCGUCCACCUCGACUUCGCCGAGCACCGCAGCCAGGCGGCCAAGAUCAAGGUCAACCCCCGCGGCAACCUCUGGGCCACAGGUCACUUCAUGGGGAAGAAGAGCGUCACGGGCUCCCCACGCCUGGAGUCGCCGGAGGAGCCUGCAGUGCCCAUGGUCUUCGGUCCCUCUCUCAGAGCCUUGCUGGAGGACAUGAUGGAACUGCUUACCCGUGAGCUCCUGAAAAUCCUCUUGCAAGAGAGACUUUUGGAUGAGAACCAAGGAAAAUAUGACCUCGCUGACCAGGCACAGGUGGAGCAGAGUUGCAGGGAUGUGAGCCUGAGUGGCACUGAUUGUUCAAGCGCCGCCUUGACUCAGUUUCAGCAGACUAAGCUGAAAGGGAGGAGAGGGCUGUGAAGGUCCUGGACCCUUCUCCAUCCUCCCUGGGGAGCCUUUGAGGAGGAGGGUAUUUGCUGCAUUAACUGCCUGAGAUGAUGGGAGAGGUGGUGGAUGUGCUGCCCUGCCUCAUCCGCUAAGAUGUUCAUGAGCGUGUGGUGUGAGUUUGAUAAAAGUGAUCCUUGUGGCUCUCCUCUGUGUAAGUAAGUUGCAUGGUCACUGCUCGCGCUGCAGAUGUGCCUGGGCAGAGGCUGCCCUAAGUGCUGGUGCUGUGUCUUAGGCUGCCAGCUGGGUGCCGGUGCCCUGCCAGCCCCGUUGGUGCUCAUUGCCGGUGCUCAAAGGCAGGUCCUGGCCAGGGGUAGCACCCAGCACUGGACAUCGGCCUUUGGCACCUGUGUGCUGGGUGCCAAAGCUCUGCUGCUGGAGGAUGUUUUGGCUCAUGGUCAAGCAGAUGCUGGCCAGCUGCCUGCCUCACUGCCCCGAUGCCUCUCUGGUGGGAGGUGGGAUGCCCUGCAGCUGUGUGGCAUCCCAGCUUGGGUGCCUGAUGUGCAGCUGGCUCCUACCCCUCACCUUCUCCUCCCAAAGCCUCUUGACUCUCCUUUGCUAGUGCCCUGGUGCGCCAGCCAUCCUCUCCUUGGCAGCGGAGACCUUGCUGGGUGGUAGGUCUGGUUCUGCCCUUCAGGCACCUCUGAGCACCUCACUAGACUCAACUCCUGCCUUCCUGCUCCUUUCUUCGCAACCCGACCCCCAGGCUGUCCUUGCCUCUGAGCUGCCGGUUGAUAUUACAGGACUACUUCUCCCUGGUGCCUUUGAGUGCUGUCUGUGUUAUACUUUUCUGUGGGACCUUAUUUUUUCUUGCUCUUGUGGGUGACACGGUGCCAAUGCAAAUUUCUGCCACCCUGGCAGCUUUCUCCCUCGGAGUGACUUGUUGGACAGCUGGGGCCAGGACUCAGCCUGUGCUUGAACUGAUCUGUGUGCUGUGUUCGUCACCUGCCUAACAAGCUGUUUAAUAGCUCUGCUCCGUGAAACUCUCUAUCCUCCCCCUGCGCAGGUUCUGUCACUUCCAUCUUAACUCAGUUUAGAAAAUCAAAGAAUGCUUCUCCCUUCCUUGCGAGCCCCCAGUCAGCAAGGCAGGAAUUAACAUGCUCUGUAAGUGUUGCUCUCCUCCAGCACGUGCUGUGCUUUGUGGCAGGAUAAGUAUCGAGGGAACUUUUUUAUUGAAAAACCCAAUGGGCUUUUCCUUUUCUGAGGGUGUCACUGAUCACUCCCGAACGUGUUCUUCCUUUCUGUGGGGCCCCUCUAAGCAUUAAAUAAAUCCCAGGGCUUAGUCCUUUUGCUUGCUGUCCCUUCACGUGGGUUAGUCCUGCCUGCUGCUGUUGGGUUUUGUCUCAAGAUGUUUCCCAUCCCUUUGCAAAGCAAGAGCCCGUGUGCUGCUCCAUGCUUGCGAUGGCUGAAGUUGCGCAGAGCAGAAGGGGCUUGCAAACAGAUUUCUCUUUUGUCUUUUUAACCACAUGUGGCAGGCAGGGCUUGGCUUUCAGCACGCUGGGGCUUCACAGUGCCACCCUGUUUCUGUGUGUGACAAGGGUUUAGCUGGCAGAGGAGGAUUGUCCCUAUCCCUUGUCAUCUUCUUGGGUGUGUGGCAGUGUUUCUCUAGGAGACAGACAGGGUGCGACCAUGUACAUGGAGUGGAAUGGCUCCAGGGGUGUGGGGAGAGCAUGAAGGCAUAUGCUGCCCUGCAUAGCUCUGGGAACUCUAGGCAGUAUGCAAUCCCACGAAAUCCCUCUGUAACUCUUCCCUGCUGUGUUUUGUGUCUCUCUUUGCCUUCUCACGUAGCUCUCUGCUGAAUUGGGCCCUGAGGCUGCUCUUGUUCCUGAAGCCCAACCGAGUGGCUGCCAUCUCAGUGGGCUGGUGAAGUUUGCCUCUGAUGUCUGUCAUCUGUGGUCCAGCUGUUGGAGCACAGGAUGAGAGGCAGGAGCCAGUCUCCUGGCUCUUUCCUUUUCAUGUGCCAUCCCAAACCACCCCUGAAAGUGCCAUCAUGGUCCAGCAUGGGACAUUUGUCUGAUCUGCCUUGUGGUACCCAGCAGGUGAUGUUUGUGGAGGCUGCGUAUGGGACCCAGUGUCUCACUGUUGUGCCUUUUGUUUUAGGAGACAGGGCUUUUAACAAAGGUGCUGGAGAAGUAUUUUUCAAACUGAAGAAGCACAGCCAUGGAGGAUGAGGUCUGCAGGCUCGGCCAUGCAUGGCAAACGGAGAGCAUCGUCCUUGUGGGUUACUGUAGCAACAUCACUUUUAUUUAUUCUUUCUGUAAUAUUGUUAAUAGUGAUUGCUUGUAUGAAAAGCAGAGCGUCCCUGUAUAUUUCCUGUAUGUUUUCUGCUUCCUUGAUGUCUGAUGUGCCCCUGUGAAUAAAACUGGCUCUUUGCACGGACUA